AUGAAAAUAGCAGUAGGUCAAUUAUGUUCAUCAUCAAAUUUACAAAAAAAUUUACAAACAGUUAAAAAAAUAAUUUCAAAAGCAAUUGAAAAUCAAACAAAAAUAUUAUUUUUACCAGAAGCAACAGAUUACAUAUCUCAAAAUGCUCAACAUUCAAUUGAAUUAUCUAAAACUGUAAAUUCAAAUUUUUUAACUCCAUUAUUAAAUCAUAUUAAAGAUUUACAAAAUUCACCAUAUAUAUCAAUUGGUAUUCAUUUACCUUCUACUACUAAAGAAAAAGUUUCAAAUAUAAAUAUUUUAAUAAAUCCAAAAGGUGAAAUAAUAUCAAAAUAUCAAAAAUUACAUUUAUUUGAUGUAGAUGUACCACAAGGUCCAAUAUUAAAAGAAUCAAAUUCAGUAGAAGCAGGUAAAGAAAUAAUAGAACCUAUAAAAAUUCCUAAUACAUUAGCAUGUAUUGGUCUUGCAAUAUGUUAUGAUAUAAGAUUUCCAGAAUUAGCUUUAAAAUUACGACAAAAGGGAGCAAAUAUUAUAACAUUUCCAAGUGCUUUUACUACUAAAACAGGUGAUGCACAUUGGGAAACACUAACAAAAGCAAGAGCUUUAGAUACUCAAUCUUUCAUUAUAAAUGCUGCUCAAUGUGGUAAACAUAAUGUUGGUACAAAUGAUAAGGGUGAUAUUGUUGAAAGAAUAAGUUAUGGAGAUUCCAUAAUUGUUGAUGGUUGGGGUAAAGUUUUAAAUCGUGGACAAAAAUAUAAUGAAUUAUCAGAAGAUGAUAUCAAGAAUAGUGAUGAAUAUUUUGAAAUAAUUUAUGCUGAUUUAGAUUUUGAAAAUUUAGAAAAAAUUAGAACUAAUAUGCCUUUGUUAAAUCAUAGAAGGAGUGAUGUUUUGGGUGAAUUAUAA